CGCAGCCUCGAUUUAUGUAAUAAACGGCCGACGGCCCAUCGACCACCUUGUCUCUUACCGUCAUGGACUCCUCUGCCUUGCUUGCUCAUAUUUUGUCCCAGACAAAGCAGAACAUUGAAUUUCUUGUCUCACAGAACAAGAUUUCUUCCGGCGAUGCCAGAGAUAUCAUUGCGAAGUUGCCUCAUGACCCAGCUGUAGACAAUAUUACCAGGUCUGCCCAGAAUCUGCUAGUACGGUCGCCGCCACCACCACCGAUUCCCCAGCCGUACAAUCCGCCGCCUGUUACUACUGUGUCCAAGGCCAGGGCAAUUUGGGGAUACAACGAGGCCAGACAAGACCCUAACGAUCUUUCAUUCCGAGCUGGCGACAUUAUCGAAAUAGUCUCAGAAGCCAAUGCUGACUGGUGGACAGGACGGCGCAAUGGCGUCGAAGGCUUAUUUCCCUCGAAUUAUGUCGAGCGCUUGCCGCCAGAUACUGCGAUCGUUGAGAAGGCAGCGCCUUACAAUCCUCCCCCAGCAGCGUCUUACAACAAUGCACCGGUUUACCAGCCUCCUCUGGGACCACCUGCACCCAUGGGAUACGGCCCUCCUCCCUCGCAAUACAACCCUCCGUACCCUGCCUAUCAGCCGCCACCGCCUCAGCCGGCUCCUACUCAGGUGACCACUCAAGUCACCGUCGAGGAGCCCAAGAAGUCCAAGUUCGGUGGGGGUGAUUUGAAGAAUACUUUGGCGCACUCUGCCGUCGGAGGUGUUGGUUUUGGAGCAGGUUCCGCUGUUGGCAGUGGAAUAAUCAACGCUAUCUUCUAAACGCAAAUGUAUCUUUCACAUCUUUGAUAUGGACUGUCACACUGAUCUAGCUACGAAUUCAAUCUCGGGAGUUUGUCGUAUCAUCCUUCUCUAUCACACAUUUCAGUCAUCAGUCAUUAAUCAAUUGUAACGUUUGGGUAUAGAUAGCCACAAGCGGAUUACCACGCUCUUACAACUAUACACAUUGCAUUUGUAAUUCAAAGCACUCAUCUGUUGCAUAAGACGUUGGGUAUCAACACCUGAGGUGCCUGCUGGGCGCUCGCCGACCUUUGGACUCAUCAAUCUUUCUGUAGAUUCCGCAUUAUGGGAGAUGAGAAGCCGCUAUAUUAAGGUCUCUUCCAAUCCAUCCCGACAAGCACACAGCAGUG